AGGUUGUAAAAGAGCCACAAUUGCCCACCCCUGGCUACGGUAGGCUGGCGCCGCGCAGGUGGGAGGCGAGGGGCGGGCGAGCCAGCAAUUUAACAAAGGGCUCGGCCGAACCCCCUAGAACCCCCAGAAUCCCACCACUGUGUAGGCCCCUCUUGAUCUUGAGGCCCUAGGCUGAAGCCUAGUUAGCCUAUAGGAAAAUCCGGCCCUGGAGACAGUUGUCAGAUGGGUUUUGCCCCAUUUUAGACCUUUCUUGACACAGUUGUUAAGUGUAUCACUGCAGUUGUUAAAGUUAAUAACAUGGUUGUUAAGUGAAUCUGCCUACUCCAUUAACUUUGCUUGUCGGAAGGUCACAAAAGGUGAUCACAUGUUCCCGGGACACUGCAAUCGUCAUAAAUAUGAAACAUUUGCCCAGCAUCUGAGUUUUGAUCAUGUGACUAUGGGGAUGGUACAACAGUUGCAAGUGUAAAAAAACUAUCAUAACUCACUUUUUUCAGUACUGUUGUAACUUUGAAUGGUCAAUGAAUGGUUGUAAGUCAAGGAGCAUGUAUACAUGAGCAAAUCCCCAUAAUUUAACUAUUGGGGAGGGGGCUGCUGUUCCUCCCCUAUGAAAAGCUGCUUGAGAUAAAGAGUAUAAUGACAUCUCUGAGACAACUUCUUUUUAUAUUUAUUCUAAGUUUAACAGGACAUUAGAAAACAUUUUUGUAAUUGUGGGAUAAUUGGAAGCUUAGGUUUUAAUCUGAAUUGAAGUACAAAAUGUGAGGCUUAUAAUCAUUUUUUCCCCUUUCUGACAAACAUUAACAGAAUUGUGUUAAUGUUAACAAUUGUGACACUUUUUUCCAUUUAUGAUCCUUCAGAAAGUCUACAGUAAUCAUGCUCCUCCUCCCUGAUUCGGCAACAGUCCUCUUGGCCUCCUGGCGAGACAGCCUUUUCUACCCAAAAUAAAUAACCUCAAAAAAGAAAGUGAGGAUAAAUGGUUUGAAAAGACAGGUGUUUCCCAGAUUACUUUCUUCCUUCAGGAAAUGUGUGAUAUCUUUGCCCAGAUAUUCUUCUCUCCUUAGCCAAAAGACUCUUGCCAAACUAAGCAAAUGUAGAAAAAUACUGUUCUCUUCUUCCAAAUAAAAGAAACAAGAAAGUAUCUGAUAUCUAGUGCCAGGCCUCCCCUUCCUCUUCUUUCUGGUUACAGAGAGCUUGCAAAGAAGUUACUUGAGAGCCACAGAACAAUUUGACUGGUUCUUAAUGAACCAGGACUCUGAAAAGAGGACAUGACCAUUCACCCAAUAGUCAACUUUUAGAAAUAGAACAGAUUUAUACCAUUUACCCAUUAAUGCCCAAACCCUAUUUUCUCUGAAUUUAGCCUUUCUUCAAAAAUACAUUAACUUUAAAAAGGAGUGCAAACUCUUCCUUCUAUAUAAAACAGGCAUAAACUUCAUAUGAACGUGUUACAGAAUUAUUUCAGGUAAUAUUUAAUCAAGUUUUUAAAAUGGUGCCACUCUGUGUUGGCUUGUCAUUAGAAAUGCAAAGUUUGGAGAUAAUGGCAGGUGAGCCUUUCUUUGGUAAAUGUUUAAUGGGUUUUUCAUAGGCAAACUAUUUAUUUGAACAAAAGUCUCAUAAAGUUAUUUUUAAAAAAGCUUAUUUGCUAUGUAUAUAGGAUUGUAUCCACAUCAGAUUGUAUUCAGAUCUGAGGCCUAGUGGACAAUCACUUAAACAUGAGUUCAAAGUGUAUGGCAGCAGCCAAAAAAAGCCAAUGCAAUCCUAGGCUGCAUUAAUAGGAUAGAAUCAAGAUCACAUGAAAUAUUAGUACCACUUUACAAAGUACUUUACAAAGUACAAGGUACAAAGUAAGAUCACACUUGGAAUACUGUGUGGAGUUUGGUCACCACAAGAUGUUGAGACACGGGAGAGAGUGCAGAGAACAGAAACAAGGAUGAUUAGGGGGCUAGAGGCUAAAAAACCAUGAAGAACAGUUGCAGGAAUUGGUAUGUCUAGUCUAGUGAAAAGUAGGACUAGGCCAGGGAAACAUGAGAGCAGCAUUCCAAUAUUUGAGGGCUACCACAAAGAUGAGGGGAUCAACCUAUUUUCCGAAGCACCAGAAGGCAAGACAAAAAACAAUGGAUGAAAACUAAUCAAGGAAAAACAACCUAGAACUAAGGAGAAAUUUCCUGACAGUGAGAACAAUUAAACAGUGGGACGUCGCCUCCAGAAGUUGUGGGUGCCCCAUCACUAAAGAUCUUUAAGAGAGUGGACAGCCACUUUUCUGAAAUGGUGUAGGGCCGUGAUUGCUAUUGCUUAGCACAUUGUAAGCCGCCCUGAGUCUCCGGAGAAGGGCGGCAUAUAAAUCAAAUUUUUAAAAAAAUGGCGAACCUAUGGUAUGCGUGCCACAGAUGGCACACACAGCCAUAUCAGUGGGCAUGCCAGUUCAGCUCUGGCACGCAUGCACGCACCGGCCAGCUGAUUUUCGGGCCUUCUGGGCCCACCAGAAGUAGGGAAACAGGCUGUUUCCUGCCUCCAGAGGGCCUGGGGGGAUGGGGAAGGCCUGUUUUUCUUUCUUACCUGGCUACAUUCGGUGUAUAAGAUGCACCCAAAUUUUCACCCCCUUUUAGGGGGGAAAAAGGUGCGUCUUAUACUCCAAAAAAUACGGUAUAUAGAAAAUGUUUGUUCCAAUGAAAAACUCAGAAUGAACAAACAAGUAUUAAACAAAUAAGAUUAACCAGAGGAUUUGUGUAUCUGUGUGUACGUGUGUGCACACACAUAUUCCAGUUGGUACUGACUCCUGGUAGUUGCCUGGGCAAGUUCCUGUAAUUUUCUUUGCAAGAUUUUAGAAGCGAUUUGCCAUUUCCUGCUUCCCAGGGCUGAGAGAGAGAGGAACAGUCCCAAAGUCACCUACCUGGCUUUAUACAUAAAGUAGGACUAUAAUUCAUGAUCUUAUUAUUUUUCACCUUAUGUUUUAACCACUAGACCAAACUGGCACUCAGUCAUCAAACUCUAGUUAAGAAUAAACCAAAAAUGUUUUGGCAGACUCAGUUAACUGUGCACAUCAGCCAGUGACCCUGUUUUCCCUGCCAACAAUCUCAAUCAGAAAAACCAAAGGUAAAUAUUUGACUUUUAAACUUCCUGCCAAUGAGUGAAGUAUGCUGUUCCCAGAGAUUUGUGUCUAUUUUACUAGUAGUAUUGUCAUUAAAUCACAGCCUAUAAAAUAAUCCAAGGUGGGGAAAGUUAUUUUAAAGUAGGACAGAAGGAAGUCCUGAAAUCUCUUCCAGCUCUGCCUUUACUUGCACCAAAUGAUGCUGCUUAACAGGUUUUGUGGAGGAAAUGCCUGUUGUUCUCCAAUUGUUUUGCUUGUUUCCAUCUUAUUUUCCCAAACCUGGGUAACCAGCAUGUCGAAACCUAACAUUUUGAUCCUAAUGGCAGAUGAUCUUGGAACCGGUGAUUUGGGUUGCUUUGGAAAUGAAACUAUCAGGACACCAAAUAGUGAUCAGCUGGCAAAAGAAGGGGUAAAACUUACUCAGCAUAUUAGUGCAUCGUCUCUUUGUACUCCAAGCAGAUCUGCUUUCCUGACUGGUAGAUAUCCCAUCAGAUCAGGCAUGGCAGCUACAACUGAGAGGCGUGUCAAGGCUGGGCCUGGUACCACAGGAAGUGAAUGUGAAACCACAUUUGAUAUCUUAUUACAACAGCAAGGCUACACUACUGGCAUAAUAGGUGGAAAGGGCAUGGGAGGUUGGGAAGGAGGAAUCCAUGUGCCUGGAAUAAUUAGAUGGCCAGGAAAGGUUGCUCCUAAUACUGUUCUUGAUGAACCCACAAGCCUGAUGGAUAUUUACCCCACUGUGGCUCAUUUGGCUGGGGCAUCAGUGCCACAAAACAGGAUAAUUGAUGGCAAGAACCAGAUAGAAUUAUUGCUGGGAACUGUUCAGCAUUCCGCUCAUGAAUUUAUGUUUCAUUACUGUGGGACAUAUUUGCAUGCAGUGCGUUGGCAUGACAAGGAGAGUGGAAGUCUCUGGAAGAUUCAUUAUGUGACUCCAAACUUUCAACCAAAGGGGGCUGAUAGAUGUUAUGAAAAGAUCAUAUGCCCAUGUUCAGGAGACAAUGUGACCCAUUAUAAUCCUCCUUUGGUUUUUGACCUUUUAAGAGAUCCUUCAGAAUCCACUCCACUUUCCCCAACUUCUGAAAUACGUUUUGACAUCAUUAUAAGCCAAGCUGAAGAAACAGUGAGAGAACACCAGUUGACUGUCAUUCAUGUCCCUAAUCAACUGGAUGUUCCAAGUAAUCAGUGGGGGAAAAAACUGCAGCCAUUUUGUGGAAUUUUCCCUUUCUAUUGCUGUGAUAAAGAAACCGAUUAAUUCCUGAUAGAACUGUCAAAGAAGCAAUGUUGUCUAUCUAUUAAAACAUUUUGGAUAUCUUGAAA